GAUGCCCAUCCGGCCUUUCUGCCCCUCCCUCUCUGCAAGCCCGGCGACUCUGCUACUCAGCGGCGCGGCUUCCGGCGAUCACAUGGAGACGUCCCCUCACGUUACCUCUUCGGCGCCGAGUCUCCCUCCCCUUCCAUCCUCGCCUUUCUCUUCUCCUCCUCCACUGCUGCCGCUGCCUCAUCCGUUGCAGUGGAACCCCACCUCUUAUUCCUCCUCCUCCUCCCUCUCGGCCCUGGCUCCUCCAUUCACACUCGGUCACGCCUCCUCCGCCCUUUACCCGUCGCUGCAGAUGCCUCCGUACACUCCCGACCCUCUGCUGUUCGGCGAUUUCCCCUCCUCUGCCCGGUUCCCCCCGCACAACGAAGUCGCGAAAUCUCUCCCGCCCCUGUCCGACAGCUCCCCUCCGGGCGAUUCCGAUUUCGCCGGUUGCUUUCGUGACGCAGAACUGCACCCAGAACUCCGGGCGAAGGCGCUCGGUAAUUCCGUCGAGCCAACGAUCUAUUCCAGAUUUGCGGCACCAUCCGGGGCCGGUAGCGACGCCGCUACUCUCGUUGAACCCUUCUACUCUCUAUACUAUCCUGACUCGCAGCCGUGGAACUUCGGGCCAUUAUCGGCCUAUUAUAACAAUAGAACUUCCUUGUUAAUUGAUGGGAAGGUAAGUCCAGCAAAGCGUUCUGAUGAGGUGCCAUUGACAGAAGUCUCAAGACCGCCUUUUGGUUACACAUCUUUUCUGGAAGAUCGCCCUUCCACCUCUCAAUUGCCUCCCUACGACACCACGGCAGACUCACUUCCAUCUGGGUCCAGUAAUGCUCCCUUUGGUCAUCCCUGCUUUGGCCACUACUGCAAUGACUCUGAACUGCGAGUACUUGAUGAUAACUUUGGCCCCUCAUCGGCCCAUUCUACACUUGGUAUUGCCCAGUGGAAUAAGCCGUCUGAUGAGGAUGUAGUCAGUGUAAAACUUCCUGAUGAGUUGCCAGGGACGGGACCACCUUCUAUCAGCAGAGAGCUAUUUUUUUCUGGAGGAAAAGAGCACUUUGGAUGCCAAAGCACUGAAUGGCUACUAGAUGACCACCCACCAGAGAAAUAUAAGCGAGAGCAUGACAGUGCAUCCUCUUAUACAAUUUUCAACCCUCAAUUGUCGACAUCUGCAAUGGGAUUGAAUGAUACUUAUGUUUCGGGCUCUGCCUAUGACCGUGACAUGACACAACUUGAUUCAUGCUCUGUGUAUCCAGAAUCUUACUAUCCAUUUGCCAAGUGGUCCGCAUCAAAUGAAGUAUAUUUGCCAUCACACUUUACAGCUAGUGCAAACAUCAACACCAGUUUGUCAUCUGGGAAGGUUAAUCAUGAAGUGCUACAUAUGGUAGAUGAUGCAUCAGUUAUACCUUCUAGGUCAAUGGAGGCUAAUCUCAAUGAAAGCAUGGAUCCGAAAGGGGAAUACAAUGAGAAGAGAUGGGAAGACUACCACACAACAAAUUCUAAUGUCUUACCAGCCGUUUCUAGAAGGGAUUUUCCAUCGAGUAAUAAUCAUGCUACAGAAAGCCCCUUAAAUCUUCUUUCCAUGUUGACUUCCAAUUUGAAACCAGGAAAUAUGGCGAUUGCUGAUUCUGUUUCUUCUCCAUCUGCGGGCAAUUCCUUGGAUCUUAAUGUAUCUACCAUGAGUUCUUCAGAAGCAUUUGAUCAGCAUAAUCUUUCUGUUGAUUCACCAUGUUGGAAAGGAGCUCCAGCAUCACAACAGUCUCUGUUUACCAGUGACAGAAUGCUAGUUGAGCGUGAAUUAGUCAAGAAUCAUUCAUGUCAUGAGCCAAAUAAUUCUGCAGAACAAGUUGGAAACUUGAGUUUUGAUUACGUUAAGAAAAGUCAUGUUUCUGAAAAGCCAGAAUGCUCACCAGUUGUUUCAUCAAAUAUGCAACAGAUUGUUGAAUUUUCAGAGAACAAAAUAUCUGACUGUCGAAAGGAUAAAGAAAAUGAGAUUUUGUUUGACUAUGUACACGAGGAACAAACAAAUCAAACCACUGAAGCUAAGAAAAGGGUCGAUGCACAACAUGUUUUUGCUGCAAAUUUUGUUGAAAUGGAAAGCAAUGCUCCAAAUGAUUUCCCACCACCAAAGGGCAUUGCCAAGAACAUUGAAGGCACAAGUUCAGCACCAUUGAGAAGACUGGAGGAGCUUGUUAAGUUAAUACACGGUUCUUCAGUAGAACUAUUAUCCACCAACUGUAGUGAGGCCGAAGGAUUGAAACCACAUGAUUGCAAACUCCUCUAUGCAACAAUUAGCAAUAUUUCGCUCCUCCUCAAAGACGAGGAUAUUGUUGGUUGUUCAAGUCUAGAGGCUGCUUGUUCUGAAAACAUUAACAGCAGAAACCAAAAGACAAUAUCUGGAUGUGAUUACUUUGAUGAUGAUUUUGGCAAUCUUGUUAUCCAGGGAGGUGAUGCUUAUGUUAGCAAAGUUGGCAAGAAAAUGAUGCAGACGUUUGAGAAUGCUGUAUCACGAAGUUUCACUGAAAGUGAAGAAAGCAAGCAAGCAUCGUUGUACAAGAAUCUAUGGGUACAAGCAGAACUUUUGGCCUGUCGACUCAAGCAAGAACUUGUAAUUGCUCAAAUGAAGAUUGAAUCUGAAAACCAUAAGCCUCCACAAUCCGGCAUGUCUUCAAGUCUGAACUCUCUACAUAGCCUCAAGGUUCAUGAUUCACCUUUGAAGCCCAAAGAUACUGAAAGCAUAAGAGAAGAAGAAAAUCAAGUCGGUGCAUCAGCAAACCAUGAAUCGAGCAAGGCAGAAGAUGUUGAAUCAUCCGUGAUGGCUCGAUUUCAAAUUUUGAAGGAUCGAAAUAACAAGUCUAUUCACAGAGAUGCAGAACUAGAGUACAUUCUUGACCAAGAGCAUGCUGCAUUGCACCCAGUUGCCAAUGCCAUGACUGCGAAUCUGGCCAAUACAAGAUUCAUUGCAGCAGUUGCAAACGAUCAAGUAAGUCCAUAUUUUGAUGUUUCAGGAUAUGGAAAUACAAGACAAACAUUAUCAGGUCCUCUGAAUGGACCACUGAUCCAGUCCUACAUGACAUACAAGCAAGGGAGCUGCCCAAGUAGAAGUCGAGAUGGCGACCUCUCCUUUGAGUGGGUGCAUGUGAUGGGGGAGGAUGAAUCCACACACUAACCAUCUCUUUACGAUGAGGUUACCUACGGACGGUUCGAUAUGCACAUAGCAAUAAGAAAGAACUUGAAGAUUGUUUUAUGGAACCUGUGGCACUCCCUAUUUGACAAUUUGAUGAACAUUUUGAUGUAAUUAAAUGACUACUUUUUUAUUUCUUUCAUUGAUGCCUUUUAAUUGUAAAUGACUGAAAAUUAAAGCGCAUCUUAAAUUUAUCUGCUA